AUGUGGUCUACAACAAUCUCUACCUUCCUUGGGCUGCCAUUGCUAGCAUCUGCUUUCUUGGCAGAUCUUCCCGCGGCCUUCAAUGACACUCCAGCAACAUGGGCAUUUGUUUCUUACAGCAACCCCUCCGUGGCCGUUCUCUCUGGGUCAUUCAACCGAUCUGCUAUGGCUGCUCCUCACGAAGGCGAGACGAGCGACCCCGAGUUGAAGAAGGCCAAUGAGUUUCUCAACAAGACCAAUUUCAUUGCGUAUGAUGAGAAAUUCUUCGAUAUCUUGGGGCCGAAGGCGAACGUGAAGCAACUGCAACAGCUCGCAUUCCAGACCCACCAAGCCCCAUGUUACAACAAGGACACGAAGGAACUCUACUUCGCCGAAUGGGGCCCUCCCGGCGGCGAUGAGGGGAUUCAUAACUGGCAGUAUCUGCUUGACACUACCAACAACACGCUGAGAAAGAUCGCCACGACUCCACCGACAGUAAACGCUCACGGCUGCGUCUACUACCGUGGGGCUUACCACGUCGUAACUGACGGGUCUCAUAACGAGACAGGCGCUCUCGUCCGUGUCAACCCGAAAACGCUUGAGAAGACUACGCUGUUGAAUAACUACUAUGAGCAACCUUUCAUGGGCUUCAACGAUCUCGACAUAGACUCCGAAGGUAACUUCUGGUUGACAGACUCGAAGUCCGGAUGGGGCCGUGACAUCGUUGACUACACCCCUCCAACCAACCCCACUGUGUACAUGGUAAAUGGCACCACCAUGCGACCGAAGGUUGUCCACAUUACAACCGGCAAUGCCAACGGCGUCGCAGUCUCGGCACUCAAAGACGGCGGGCACACCCUUUACCUGCCUGACACCGGCGUCUCCGAGUUUAAACCCGUGUCCAAGAAGAAUCCGUAUGGCAACCGCGCUCUCUUUGCCUACGACAUCGCGACCGGCGGUGUGCUCACAAGUCCCCGCCUUCUGAAUAACCCCAUCUCGUACUUUUAUGACGGUAUCAGGGUGUCAAGAAAUGGUUGGAUCUUUGUUGGUGCGGGUGAUGGAGUCGAUGUCAUCGAUCCUGUCAGUGGUCUCACGCUAGGUACAAUCCGCGUUGGUGGAGGCGAGAACUUGGCAGUGAGCUUGGCCUUCGGUGAGAAUGAGCUCUGGAUAGUCGGACGGGGCGGCGUCUGGCAUGUGAGCGACGUCGCGGAGCGGCUGGAUCGGGACUGGUAG